GGCUGAAGCUGCCUGGCGCUAGAACCAGGAAGGCGCUGAGCUUAAACUGAAGCAAGUUCGGUGUACGCCGGCGGCGCCCUGAUCUAAAGAAACGUCUCAGGGUCUGCGGCGCUUGCACGUCAGCGGAAGGUGUGAGCCCAAAGGUCUGGACCGAGAAAUGGGACGUCGGUCAUCAGAUACUGAAGAGGAAAGCAGAAGCAAGAGAAAAAAGAAACACCGUAGACGGUCCUCCUCGAGCAGUUCUUCAGAUAGUAGAACAUACAGCCGAAAGAAAGGAGGAAGGAAAUCAAGAUCAAAGUCAAGAUCCUGGUCCAGAGAUCUUCAGCCUCGUUCACAUUCUUACGAUAGAAGACGCAGGCAUCGAUCAAGCAGUAGCUCUUCUUAUGGCUCCAGAAGGAAACGAAGUCGAAGUCGUUCAAGGGGUCGAGGGAAAUCCUAUAGAGCUCAGAGGUCUAGGUCGAAAAGCAGAACAAGAAGGUCCAGGUCAAGACCUCGUCUCCGUUCUCAUAGUCGUAGCAGUGAAAGGUCCAGUCACAGAAGAACGCGUAGUCGGUCUCGGGAUAGAGAACGACGUAAAGGCAGAGAUAAAGAGAAAAGAGAAAAGGAGAAAGACAAAGGGAAGGACAAGGAAUUACAUAACAUCAAACGUGGGGAAUCUGGAAACAUCAAAGCUGGAUUAGAACAUCUGCCACCAGCUGAACAGGCUAAAGCCAGACUUCAGCUGGUUCUUGAAGCUGCUGCAAAAGCUGAUGAAGCAUUGAAAGCCAAAGAAAGAAAUGAGGAAGAAGCAAAGAGAAGAAAGGAGGAAGACCAAGCCACCCUGGUAGAACAAGUGAAAAGAGUGAAAGAAAUUGAAGCUAUUGAAAGUGAUUCUUUUGUUCAGCAGACAUUCAGAUCAAGUAAAGAAGUCAAAAAGUCAGUGGAACCUAGUGAAGUGAAACAGGCAACUUCAACAUCAGGACCAGCAUCAGCAGUUGCCGAUCCACCUAGUACUGAAAAAGAAAUAGAUCCCAGCAGCAUCCCUACUGCUAUCAAGUACCAAGAUGACAAUUCCCUGGCCCAUCCAAAUUUAUUUAUCGAGAAAGCUGAUGCUGAGGAAAAAUGGUUCAAGAGGUUAAUUGCUCUCCGACAAGAAAGACUAAUGGGCAGUCCUGUGGCCUAAGUAAUAUACAUAUAGUUGGAUUGGAUUGUCAGCAAUAACAUUGGAAAUUUAGGUUUUUAAAUCCCAAUAUUAACUUUUUACUCUUAAAAGGAUUUUUCUGAUUAUAUAUAAAGGUAGUCUCAUUUCAUUUGUCUCUCAUGUAGGCUUGAAUAUUUGUUGAUUUGAAUUAAAUCAAACUGUGAAAAUUAAAACAUAAAAUUUAAGAUUGCAUGAAAAUGUUAUACUGUUAAUAAAGCUAAUCAUAAAUAAGUCUGUUAAAAUGAAUGCUACACAGUAGUGUUUCUUAGUGCAAUUCAAAAAAUGUCAAGAUGUCAUUUAAGGACAAUUUUGAUGAAUUAUGCAUACAUAAGAAUUGAAUUACAUGCUGUAAAUAUGAGAUUUCAUCUUCCAUAUGGUAUUCAACCAUUUUUAAAUAUUUUAUUUCACCAUAUUGCAGAUUUUUAGGCACAAUGAAAAGCACGCUAAACCAUAUAAGCAGAAUAUGCAUGUUAAAGAAUAUAUUUAUGGGAAAAAAAAUUUUUGAAACUUAAAUAAAUUGAUGAUUUUGCUUGGAGAUCAGCUUCUACUAGAUGCUCCCUUGCAACAUGUUAGCAGAUCUCAGCUUGUUUUAGAAAUCAUAUGUUCAUGCUAGACCUAAUCAGUUGGCCAAAUACCUAUGAUAGAGAAAUCAUUUCUGAGAAAACUGAUAAGAGCUCUCACUUCAGUCUUACUUAACCCACUGCUAUUCCCUGUGGAGAAAUCCAGCUAAUUGUUUUGAUAAGGCUAUCUGCCAUUGUAGAAUACCUUUCUCUAGUAGCUGAAUGACAAUCAACUGUAUGUUCCAUACUAAACAUGCCAGAGAUAGGACUUUUAGGCCUUGCUUUACAAAACUGGUUUUUAACAGCUGACAUGAAUAUUUCCCGUUUCUAUUUUCUCCUGUUGUCCAGUCACUCUAAUUUAGUCUCUGUGAAACUGUAGCUCAGAACACAAGAUAAGUACAAAAAGUCUUCAGGGUAGGACUGCCAACAUAUAGGACAUUUUAAUGCCAUCUUCUUUAUAUUUCUGGGACUAUUAAAAUUCAAAUCUCUGUUGAAAAUGAAAAAUAUGAAACAGUUGCAAACAGUAUAGAAAAUAAGUGAUGAUGAAAUAUUUGUUUUCAUACAAACAUGCUUUCCCAUUCUAAAUAGAUGCUAGUUUUCUUUUUCCUUAGCUGCAAAUAAAAGUGCCCCAAAUGAA